CAGACACUUGGUCAAUAUUUACACAUAAGUAAUAGGAGUAAAUUGAUAUAACAGUUACUAAUCUCAGCUCCAUAAGGAAGGCAUAGUGUUUCCUAAAUUAGACUAAAAUUGUCGUCUGUUACAAAAAACAAAAUGAAGACAAUAUCAUUUGAUACAAUCAUACAAAUGGAUCGAUCGGAUGUCUCUAUAAAUAAUUUGUUUCCGCUAACAAUAAGAUAGAUCAAACUCAUCAAACAAAAUUAAAGCUGCAUCAAUAUAAUGGGAUUAUCUUUAGCAACCUUAGUUAUAUUUAUUAUAUUUUCUUUUUCAUUUGCUUACGCCUCUGAUCCAAGUCCUGUUCAAGAUUUUUGCGUUGCAGAUAGGAAAGCUACUGGUACUUCUCAUACCAUUCUUAAUUAAAUAUAUAAUGCCAAUUAUGUAUUGUUAUUAUCGGAAUAAUUAAAAGAUACAAAUCAUGCAAAUAUAUACAAAGUUAACAUAAUUAUAUAUGUGUGCGCUUAUAUUUUUAUUGUUGUGUACGUGUGUUAAUGUAAUUAUAUGCUUAUAUAAAUCUGUGUGUACACACAUAUAUUACAAAUUAAAAGUACGCAUGGCGCACACGCGCACACACACAUAUAUCACUCAAUUCAAAUAUUUGGAGCAUAUUUGUUAUUAAGUAUUUUUUUUUUGUAUAAAUAGUCAUGCAUAUGAUCAUAAUUUUAUCUACAAUAACUCCAUCGUAAUAAUACCUAUGACAUUAUGAGCCAGUUUAGUAACACUGGUAAACUCGGCCGAAAUUGAGGAAAGUCUGACUAAAACAAUUGAAUUGACUGAAUUUGUUAAAUACGGAAAAAUACAUUUAAAAUAUACAGAGUAUUUUAUAAAUUAAAAAUUAAAAAAUAGCUAUUAUGAUUUUCUACGUUAACUUCACACAAUUUAUUCAGAAAAAUAACUACAACCUUAUCACAUGAAAUCGAGAAUUACUUCCUUUAUGCCCAACCUUAAUUUUUCUGAUUAGAAACAUUUGUGCAGUAUUCAUGAAUGGGAUGGCGUGCAAAGACCCAAAACUUGCAACCGUAGACGAUUUCUUCACUUCCGGUUUGAGUACGGCUUCGCGUCCGCGGGCCGGACUCCCCGGGUGGAAUUACAGCGCCGCCAGUGUGGAAGAAAUACCCGGGCUGAACACGCUCGGGCUCACCAUGAUCCGUAACGAAUUCGCGGUGGAUUUCGCCAUUCCGCCCCACUUUCACUUGCGAGCAACCGAGAUGUCCCUCGUUUUACAAGGUCGGGUCUUCUUCGGGUUUGUAACCGUUGACCCAAUUGACAGCGCCAAAAGCCGCGUCUUUGCAAGAAAUUACAGUGCUGGAGAUGUAUUCGUUAUACCCCAAAGCCUUGUCCAUUUCGGGAAAAAUAUUGGCCAGGGAAAGGCAACGACCAUUUCAAUGUUCAGCAGCCAGAAUCCUGGUCUGAAAAUCAUACCAGCCCAGCUCUUUGGAAAGGACUCAGCAAUCCCGGUGGAUGUGUUGUCCCAAUCAUUCCGAGUUUCUCAUGAAGUAAUUGAACAGAUUAGAUCACAUUUCUAAUGAUCUCUCAUGCUUACGAAGAAUAAUCGACAAAUAAAAAUGUUUACGGAGUACUUCGUACGUAGUAUAAUAUUCGGUGUACAAUAAUUGGUAAAGUAGUAGAUCAAUGUAUAUUUAUAAUAAGUUUAAUGAUGUUAAUUUAAUUUACUGAGUCUAUAUUUAUUUAUUUAAUAUUUGGUGUACAAUGAGAGAGGCAAAUUUUAAAGAAUCACAAAAAAUAUUACUCUCUCCGUCCCCC